AUGUCCGUUUUUACGCUAGCGGAUGAAGCUUUUUUAACGCUUAUCGCUUUUAACAUAGAUUUGACCAAGGGGGUAGAACCCAACUUUUCCAUAUUCUCUGGACUUUUGGACUUUUGUUAUCCAGAUGUUACUCUGGCGAAGAAACCAGUUCCACAUGAAGAAAACCUACCAAAACCAAAACAUCCCUCAAGUUUUGACAAAUUAAGCAAAAACGAUCCUAGUUUUGAUACUUCCUUCCUGAAAAUUAAUUCGAUGCAGAAAAAAAAACAUGAUCUAACACAAGCCGAAUUAAAUGAUUUAAUUAGAGGCCUUCAGUUGUCCAAAAGGGUAGUGAUCGCGUCUUAA